AUGUCCGUCGCGAAAGAAUUCGAGGCCGCGAACGCCAAGUAUGCCGCCUCUUUCGACAAAGGCGGCUUGCAGCUGCCUCCUCAGCGCAAGGUAGCGGUGAUCGCAUGCAUGGACGCGCGACUGGACCCCGCCCGCGCUCUCGGCCUCGAAGAAGGCGACGCCCACGUCAUUCGCAACGCCGGCGGCCGCGUAUCAGACGCCAUCCGCAGCGUGGUCAUCUCGCAGCAGUUGCUGGGGACACGGGAGAUAGUCAUCGUGCAUCAUACGGACUGCGGCAUGCUACUCUUCACGGACGAGGUACUCCGCGGUAAGAUCCGGAGCGAGCUGGGCCAGAACGCGGACCACGUCGCGUUUCUGCCGUUCGGGGAUCUGCGACAGAGUGUCCUGGAUGAUGUGAAGCUGUUGAAGGAGAACCCGCUUGUGUUGGAUGUGCCUGUCACGGGGUAUUUGUAUGAGGUGGAGAGUGGGCGGAUUGUGAAGGUUGAGUAG